AAGGGAAUACGAGGUGCCAUGUGGAGAAGAGCCUGAAAUCAAGUCCUGUACGGUAAAUAUUUGGACUGAACUGCAAUGAGUCUUUUACCUCGAACCGCCGAAGAGUUCAGCUCUGCUGAGUACUGGGAGAGAUUUUUUAAGAAGCGCGGAGAGAAAGCUUUUGAAUGGUAUGGAGACUACAACAAACUCUGCGGCGUACUGCAUAAAUACAUCAAAGUGCAAGACAAGGUGCUGGUGGUUGGUUGUGGUAACUCUGAGUUGAGUGAACAGCUGUAUGAUGUCGGCUACAAACAUCUCACCAAUAUAGACAUCAGUGAGACAGUGGUGACUCACAUGAACCAGAGAAAUGCCGACCGCAGACCAGGUCUCGCCUUUCAUCAGGUAGAUGCUACACAAACUCCAUAUGAAGACGCUAGCUACCAAGCUGCUCUGGACAAGGGCACCUUGGAUGCAAUGGCAUCUGAAGAGGAAGGAGCUUUGGCCAGGAACAUGCUCACUGAGGUGGGCCGUGUGCUAAAAGUCGGUGGGCGGUACGUCUGUGUGACACUGGCUCAGGAGAGUGUCAUAAAGUUGGCAGUGGAUCAUUUCGUUCAGCUUGGGUGGGCGGUGAGGCUCCACUGCCUGCAGGAAGAAACUGGGCCUGAUGAAGACUCCUUUGCUCUGCCUGUGUUUGUUCUGGUCUGCACCAAAUUCCGUCAGCCGAUGCCCAUGCCCAUUCUAGAGAUGUGUCUUGGAGAGGAUGGAGCCCCGGUCCGUCACACACAAGUUUCAGAGCUGUUGUCAGCUGUGAGGGAACAUCAGGCUUACUCUGUCUUGAGAAAGAGGCUCCGCACAGGCACUGAUGCCAGCUCAAACCUCUCACUAACUCUCUGCCACGCCAAGACCGGCCUCCCCAGAUACACUCUCACAAUACAGGAUUCUCUCCCUGGUGCCAAAGUGCCAAGACCAAACCAGUUUGCUGUAUUUAUUGUGCCUCAGGGGAGUGAGACAGCUUGGCUCUACAGCUCCACCGAGGGCCGAAGGCAGCUGGCAGCCAGUGCUAACUUUCGGCGCCUGGUCAUAGUUGCAAUGCACAGGAAUCAGGAGUACAACGACAUGGAAGCUGUUCAGUCAGAACUUUCACCUAUGGUGAUGGAUUUGGCUCCCCCAGGCAUGCCAGCCAACCAUCAGGUGCCCUUUCUGUCAGUGGGAGGCGACCUUGGUUGGCGAGAGGAGGUCAGCAGGGGUGUGAGUCAGCUGAGUGGGGAGUUUAUUGUGGAGAACGUCAAAGGAGAAGAUGGACAACUGUAUCGCAGACUUGUGUUCAUGUCUAACACUGCCCUUGUCCAGUCAGAGAGCCGUCUUGUCUCAUCGAAUACUGUGUCAAGUCAAAAGAAAAAGAACAAAAAGAAAGCCAAGGCUGCUCCAGUAACAUCCUCAUCCCCUCUGUCAGUGGACAUUGGCUUCCUCUGCUGUGCUCAUCAUGAAGUCAUGGUGGCUGCUCUUGCUUUGCUUGGUCUGGGAUUGCCACAGAACAAAGACGUCCCAGUGUCAGUGCUUCUGGUGGGGCUCGGUGGAGGAGGCCUGCCUCAGUUCCUGCGAGGCUUUGUGCCUAAUGUAACUGUUGAGGUUGUAGAACUGGAUCCUGAUGUUCUGGAAAUUGCAAAGACGUGGUUCGGGUUCCAACCAGAUGAUCGUUUGACUGUCACUGUUGGGGACGGCCUUGAACGAAUCUGUGCUUUGGAGAAAGGAGGUGGUCGAUUGUUCGAUGCCAUCAUGUUCGAUGUAGACAAUAAAGAUAGCACUUUGGGUAUGAGCUGUCCUCCUACUGCUUUUGUAGAAACACCCAUCCUGCAGAAAGUCUCCAGCUUGCUAACUCCCAGAGGUCUGUUCAUACUGAACCUUGCAUGCCGUGACUCGGCCCUGAGGAAGAGCGUGCUUGAGCGUGUGAAUGGUGUGUUUCCCACCAUCCUCUCUCGAAAGAUUGAAGAGGAGAUCAAUGAAGUCCUUCUGUGUUCUCGUGGAGACAAGGAGACAUCGGUUAGCAUCCUUCCAUCCUUGAACCAAGCAGCCAAGAAUCUGCAGAGCGCUCUGAACUCAAACAGGACUGAACCCAACCGCAGGCCUCAUAUAGACAUUGCAGAGUUGUUAAAAAACCUGAAAGUUGUGUGACCAAGUGAAGCUGGUUUUAAUCGCGUGCCAGGACUGUUUGAGAUAAUAUAAAUGAUAUAAUGAAAUAUGAGAGCAACUGCAUUGGUCUUUGCUUUUCAGUGCAGUGUAAUGAAGGAAAAACCCACAAUUCUCACUGAAAUCACUUGAAACUCACAAAAGUAACAAUAAAUAAAAUUUAUUGAAAAUGAAAUAAUCAAAAACAGCCAUUACUUUUGAAUUGUUGAUUAACAUAAUUAUUAAAAAAAACAAACUAAUGAAACAGGCCUGGACAAAAAUGAUGGUACCUCUAUAAAAGAUUGAAAACUAUUUGACCAGAGUGACAUGAUUAACUCAGGUGUGUCAUUUAAUUGACAUCACAGGUGUUUCCAAACUCAUAAUCAGUCAGUCUGCCUAUUUAAAGGGAGACAAGUAGUCACCCUGCUGUUUGGUGAAAAGGUGUGUACCACACUGAACAUGAACAACAGAAAGCGAAGGAGAGAAUUGUCCCAGGACAUCCGAAAAAAAUUAUAGACAAACAUCUUAAAGGUAAAGGCUAUAAGACCAUCUCUAAACAGCUUGAAGUUCCUGUGACAACAGUGGCUCAUAUUAUUCAGAAGUUCAAGACCCACGGGACAGUAGCCAACCUCCCUGGACGUGGCCGCAAGAGGAAAAUUGAUGACAAAUUGAAGAGACGGAUCGUUCGAAUUGUAUCCAAAGAGCCCAGAGCAACCUCCAAAGAAAUUAAAGGUGAACUCCAAGGCCAAGGUACAUCAGUGUCAGAUCGCACCAUUCGUCGUUGUUUGAGCCAAAGUGGACUUCAUGGGAGACGACCAAGGAGGACACCACUGCUGAAAAAAACUCAUAAAAAAGCCAGACUGGAAUUUGCAAAAAUGCAUGUUGACAAGCCACAAAGCUUCUGGGAGAAUGUCCUUUGGACAGAUGAGACCAAACUGGAGCUUUUUGGUAAGGCACAUCAACUCUAUGUUCAUAGACUCAAAAACCAAGCAUACGAAGAAAAGAACACUGUCCCUACGGUGAAACAUGGAGGAGGCUCAGUAAUGUUUUGGGGCUGCUUUGCUGCAUCUUGCACAGGGUGUCUUGAAAGUGUGCAAGGUACGAUGAAAUCUGAAGACUAUCAAGGCAUUCUGGAGAGAAAUGUGCUGCCUCGUGUCAGAAAGCUUGGUCUCAGUCGCAGGUCAUGGGUCUUCCAACAGGACAACGAUCCAAAACACACAGCCAAAAACACCCAAGAAUGGCUGAGAGAAAAGCGUUGGACUAUUCUAAAGUGGCCUUCUAUGAGCCCAGAUCUGAAUCCCAUUGAACAUAUGUGGAAGGAGCUGAAACAUGCCAUUUGGAGAAGACACCCAUCAAACCUGAGACAACUGGAGCUGUUUGCUCAUGAGGAGUGGGCCAAAAUACCUGUUGACAGCUGCAGAACGCUCAUUGACAAAUACAGAAAUCGUUUAAUUGCAGUGAUUGCCUCAAAAGGUUGUGCAACAAAAUAUUAAGUUAUGGGUACCAUCAUUUUUGUCCAGCCCUAUUUCAUUAGUUUGUUUUUUUUAAAUAAUUAUGUUAAUCAACUAUUCAAAAGUGAUGGCUGAUUUUGAUUAUUUAAUUUUCAAUAAUUUUUUAUUUAUUGUUACUUUUGUGAGUUUCAAGUGAUUUCAGUGAGAAUUGUGGGUUUUUCCUUCUUUAACUGAGGGGUACCAACAAUUUUGUCCACGUGUGUAUAUGUAUACAUCUAGUGUGAAUGCAGAGACUAAUCAAUAUUCAGAGCCCAUUCAUUUGUCCCAGCCAAUAAAAUCAUAAAAAAGCAGAAAACCAUUAUUCUGAAAAGCUGUUAUAACCUUACCCUUAGAACCAACAACACCUAUGUGGCAGGUUGGCCUUUUUCUUCAGCACUCAUUUUUCAAACUGAAAUGUUACGAUGAUAUCAUGGAAUGAAUGAAACAUUGAGCAAAAGGCACAAACAACAAAUGCCAACAUAGCAGUAAGAGAAAUCCAUGGGUUUUGCAUAUAGAAACAGAUUUAACUACGCUAAAAAAUGUGGGACUUACCAAUGACACAAAAUAAAACCUUUACAUAAAUAACGGCAUUUCCACCAUAAAGUGGUACAAAUUGGCAGAGAUUGGUGCAUAGAAUUCACCAGAAUUAAGUGUUUUAUGAUCUAUUUAAUGCGCCCCCGUCCAUUGUUUCAAAUAAACCCCAGUACAGUGCCUAUAAAAAAAUAUUAUCUAUACUUCCCGGAUUCAUUUCACCCUCUGCCUUUAUAAGCCACUAAGAAACCAGCUGCUGUGAAUCAUCCCAGCGUCAUGAUGCUGCCACCACCAUGCUUCAUGGUGUGCUUGAUGUCUGCCAAAACAUAUCAUCUCAUCUGAUCACCAAAAAGGUACAUUUAGGGUUCAUCAGACCAAAGAAUCUUCUUUCAGUUGCCUUUAGUCUCCCACAUGCCGUCUGGUGAACUCUAGCUGAGAUUUACUGUAAGGUUUUCUCAACAAUGACUUUUUCUGCAACUCUGUUAUGAAGCUUGACUAUUGAAAGACAUGGGCAACAGUUUUUGUAUGUACAGUCCCUCUGGUCUCAGCCACUGAAGCUUGUAACUCCUUCAGAGGAGUCAUAGUUGUCUUGGUGACCUUGAUCACUAAUCUCUUUCUGGCAUAGACAGCUUGCUCAAGACAACUUUACACAUAUGCUAUAUUCCUUCCAUUUCUUUGUCAUUGAUUUAACUGGAGUUCAAGUGAUGCCAUGUGACCUUGAAAUUUGCAUCUUGCAACUUGCAUCCAUCCCCUGACUAAUACUGUUCAAUAACCAUAUCACAGGGUUGCUUGAAGUUUCUUUUGUUUUCACUGUGUAGUUGCAGCCAGGACUAGUGAUUCACCUGUGACUGUACUUUCCAGAUGCAGGUGUCUUUAUACGUCAAUCACUUGAGAUCCGUUCACUGCACUCAGAUUUUCUAAUUCCACUAAUUUUGAAACUUCUGGUACCAUUUGGUUGUGCCUGUGUUGCAUGGGGUGAGUCACUUUAAAAGGGGUAAAUACUUACACGAGUACUUGUUUUACAUUUUUUAUUGACAUUACUUUGAAUAAAUCACUUCCAACUUCGA